AGGGGCGGGACUUCGCCACUCUACCUACCGGAAAUUGUCAGUAAACCAAUUCACUACACCACCAAUCAGAGUAGUGAAUUUAAGCCAUGUGACUGUGUUACGCAUGUUUUUCUGUGGCAACCCGGAAACCUGUCAUCUCCUCAUGUCACUUUACCAUUGAAUGUCAUGUUAUCUUUUUCAAGACACAGGCGUUGAAAACGUGUCAAAAUGUUUGCACGUACUUUUGUUAUAACAGUUUGGAGGAAAAUGUGUUCUUUCUUCUAGCAGAACAACAGAUGUAUGCCAGUCAUCUAGCCAACCUUCACCGGCAAACCAACAUUCAAGAGAAAGAAGCUCUCUUUUUCUAGACCCAGACACCUCGAAGGAUCAAUAGCAAAGGUGCCUGUCGGCAUGAUGAUACGACAAGGUUUUCAAGUGGUACGAGGACUUCAUCGACAUGGAAUGAAAUGGAGUGGACUCGCCGGUCGGCAGCCGAUCAACCGGGUGCCUGUAUCUCAGUCUAUGGGUGUGGGUGUUCGUGUUCUGACGAUGUCGUCAUGGCCUUUCUCGUCGCCUCCACGGGACUACAGCCUGCCCAAUGAUUCCUGGAGUCCAGAGAUGCGAAACUUAUAUGACCACUACAACGCGCUAUGUGAAGUUGAGGAGGAAGGACAGAAGAAGAGGGGACCAUGGAGGAGGCUACCCAGUUACAAUCGCACUCUUAAAUAUGCCACUGGUGGCCAGUGUCUCAGUAAGGUCCUACAGGCCAAAGCCAGGCUCUUCACUCGGAACACUGAAGAACCGGGAGCGAGCUUUGAGUAUGUGGUCUUCCUCAACAAACAAGAGAAGAGCUGUGUGUGCAUCUUCCAAGCUGGACAUCUUUUGGAGGGACCCCCAGGGCAUGUCCAUGGUGGAGCGAUCGCCACCAUCAUAGACUCUGUCACUGGAACAAUCGCAACCUACCUGGCUGGGCCAGUCAUGACGGCUAACCUCAACAUCAAUUACCGCAGCCCCAUCUCUCUGGGCAGUGUAGUGUUGGUGCGCAGUGCGCUGGAGAAGACCGAGGGCCGCAAAACCCUCAUUUCCUGUCAGGUUACCAGCGCAGAUGGAGCCAGGCUGCACACAGAGGCCACAGGGUUAUUUGUGGCAAUCAAUGUGGGCCACCUAUUUGGAACGUGAUGUGCGAACCGAACAACCUGUGCCACAAAAAACGGAAAAAAACUGUGGAAACUCACCUUGCAGCCGAAGCCGGAGACGACAUGAGUGGUGGCGUGUUUGUAUGAGAGCAUAGUUAUUAUGUCGCUCUGUGCAAUAGUUAUUAUGUCGCUCUGUGCAAUAGUUAUUAUGUCGCUCUGUGCAGUGUCUGCCAGUAUGUGAAUUUCAUUUCAUUUAAUUUGUUACGAGGAAGGGAAGGAUUGACCAGUCCAACUAACAUUUUACCUCUGAGUUGUUGGAGACAUGCCUGACGUUCACCCCCAAACUGUCCAACACAUGUUCUUUUAUGGUAUUGUCAUGCUGCACAGUGUACUGAACUCAGCUUCUCAAGCUCUCAUUUUCUCCACAUGUCCUUGUUUUCCUUCACUGGCAGACACUUCUUUUUUGCAUCUUUCUAAUUUUGCAUUUAAAAAAAAAAAAAAAAAAAAAAAAAAAUCUCCCUCCUCCUUCUCCAUAACCCCUUUGUUUGUUGUUCAUCCUACCUCUGAUGUUACAAGGAACAUAUAAGGCUGUUCUCUAUUUAGUUUUUAUCUGUAAGUCUGGAUAUUUAUGAACAAACUAUUUAUUCUCAAGUAACAGUUAUUAAUACACCAUAGAUUUUAACAUUUAUUUUAUUUUGAAUAUAAUAUUUACGGUGUGGCCUUCUUCUGAUGAUCCAUAACUGACAGUGUUUACAGAUAAUGUUCAAUGCAACAGUGGGGAGUCAAUAAAUAUUUCUGGAAAAUUC